CGAAAUUGUUUAGCGCGUAGGUCGAAAGAAUUGGUCUACGACCGAAGAUAAUCUUGAGAUGGACAAUUUAAUAGCAGAUGUAUCAGACAUUGACUUUAUUAUUGAGAGCCAACUAGAAAAUCAAAUUGGAUUAGGAUGUCUGCCUUUUUCAAAUAUGAACAAGUCCGGUGCUGGCGUUUGUCGUUUUUUUAUUACUAAUCAAUGUCCCCUUAAUAAUUUAUGUCCUUUGAGACAUAUCAAAGCUGACAGAACAGUUGUAUGCAAACAUUGGCUUCGCGGAUUGUGCAAAAAAGGAGAUGACUGUGAGUUCCUACACGAAUAUGAUAUGACUAAAAUGCCAGAAUGUUACUUUUUUUCGAAAUUUGGAGAGUGUAUGAACAAAGAAUGUCCAUUUCUUCACAUUGACCCCGCUUCUAAAGUACAGGAUUGCCCCUGGUAUGAUAGAGGGUUUUGCAGAAACGGUCCUUUGUGCCGGAAUCGACAUGUUAGACGAGUAGCGUGCAAAAACUACAUAAAUGGUUUUUGUCCCAAAGGACGUGAAUGUAAAUAUGCGCACCCUAUAUGGUGGCCCCUUCCAGGAAGUGAUCAAGAUACACAGAAAAGCCGCUGGAUAUGUCACUACUGCAAUGAACGUGGACACAAAAUACAAUUUUGCCUCAAACUAUCACCUGAAGAACGUCUUCGACUACAGGAGCAGCAGCGAAUGCAGAAUAUUAGCACUGGCGGCGCGGCGUUACCUCAACAAGGUGUUAAUCCCGGGUCUCGUUUUGUUUCAGAACGUCUCAAGUUCGGCGGCCUUAUGGGGACCUCACAGGCAGCUCCUACUGGACCUCGACAAGGCCCACAAAAACCACUUGACGAAGUGACGUGUUUCAAAUGUGGAGAGAAAGGACAUUAUGCGAACCGAUGCAACAAAGGUUACUUAGCAUUUCUCAGUAAGGUUUCACUACAACCUCAUGAAAUGGAGAGUGCUCGUGGCUGAUGCAAAUGUGGAACUGGGAACCGGUGUAUUAUAACCUGUACAGCUCUUAUCUACAUGUUUUAUUAUUUUCUAAUUAAUGAAGCUAAAUUUCUAUAAACCACGUUCUAGCUUUUGACUGUACUAGCCUCUUAGAAAAUGAAUAGGUAGCGACUUCUCAGAAGUAAAAAGCCGUAAUUAUCGGUACUUGUCAGUAAAGUGUAUCUGAAGUUUUGAAAACUAACUUCCUCUAAGAAUCCCCAUAAAAGAAUUUCUGUCCGAAAGUUUUAAACGCUUGUUUGCCAGUCAUCUUCCAUGUAGCUCAAAUGACCUUCACUCCCAGUCCAUAUGGUAGUUUGGAGUUUAAGUUGGUCAUUAUUCCCGGUUAUGAAAAAACCUUUUAUUGUUACAACUUCGAAUGAAACAUUUGUUUUCCGAACGUCUAACUACACACGAGCCGAAAGAAAUCCUUAGACGUUCAGUUCAUACAAAGUUUAAGCAUUAAAUUAGUUCCCGCUAAAUUUUUAGAUAUCUUUGCCAAUGCACGAUAUUAACUUUCUUUAUUUAUCAAACUGACUAUUAAUUCUACAUAUUGGUAGGUUUGGUCAAUUAGAAAACAUUAUAUUUGUGGUCAGUUAAUGACAUGGUACCACGGUAUUGUAGACUACUGAAUAGAACUGGCAUGUCGAACCAUAACGAAUCUCCAUUUGGGGUCCUGGAGAUGGUACAACUUGAUGGCUUAAGAUGUUAUCAAAUAUAGCUCAAAAUAGAAUCCACUGACGAUUACAAUGUAGUUUCGUGUCACUUCAUAAGUUAAGUGAACUCGAUUGGAUGGUUUCUUUUUUGGAUGUAUUAAAAAUUGAAUUAUAUCUUACUAUAUACUAUUUUUUAUCCAUUUAUUUAAUUAUUGUACUGCUAUUUCCUCCCCUAUUUUUUUGUGGUGCGGUUUUUGUCCUAUACUGUACUCGGAUUCGUAUGCAUGCAAUGAAUAAAAAAUAAAAUUAUAAUCGGAUUAAACAGCUUAAAUUGUUUUCCUGUAGUAGUGUGAUCCAACUUAGUAUAUUGUGUUAGUUAUAUUUCAACAGUUGAGAUCAUGAACCAAUUGAGGCUAGACCACCGUGGAAAACCUGAAAGCACUGGAAGGCAGUUUUGUCCUAUUGUGGGACUCCUCAGCAGUGCGCAUUCACGAUCCCGCCUCGCGAGGUUCGAACCCAGGACCUAUC